GUAUAAAAACCCGGCAGAACCGUCACCGGGCCUCACUCAGCUUGACUUCAACACAAGACAAGUUUGAAGCACCAAGAUGAAGUUGGCACUCUUUUUCCUGGGCGUCUGCCUGGCGCAGGCUACCCUGAACCCCGAGGACCUGAAGGACAAGGUCUAUGAACAAGGAAAGGAAUACAACUACCACUACGAGGGCGAUGUCCGUUCCGGCAUUCCCCAGACCAGCGACAAGUACUCCGGCAUGAGGAUCGAGUCCGAUGUGCGCCUGCAGUUCAAGACCGACCAGGAAGUCCUGAUGCGUCUGGAGAACAUCAAGUUCAAGUCCCUCCGCGGCGAGCUCGAGUCUCCCGAGGAGCGCGAGCUCAGGCGUCUCACCAAGGACGACUCCGAGGAGAAGAUCCCCGAGCAGCGCCAGCGCACCGCCUUCCACGAGGAGUUCUACGGCAGCAGCGAGUUCGAGCGCCUGUCCCUGGACUCCGAGGAGCGUCUGACUCAGGAGGAGCGCCGCGAGGAGCGCCUUCGCCAGCAGCUCAAGGAGAAGAAGAACAGGAAGUCCUCCACCGAGGAGGAGUCCCGCAGCCAGUACGAGCCUUCCCGCGAGCUUUCCGAGGAGGUUGACGAGAACGACAAACUGAUGAAGGAGCUCCGUCGCCAGCUUGAGAAGCCCGUGCUGGUCCGCUACGUCAAGGGCAACGUCACCGAGAUCCAGGCCCAGAAGGACGAGCCCCAGGAGUCCGUCAACAUCAAGCGUGGUAUCCUUAUGAUGAUCCAGGUCACCAUGGACCCCAAGAACGUCGAGACCCUUGACAAGGACAAGAAGGACAAGAGCCAGUCCAACCGCGCCUACGACAAGUCCACCGAGAAGCUCUUCCGCAUCAUGGAGCAGGGCGUCAGCGGCGACUGCGAGACCCAGUACGACAUCCGCGAGUCCCGUCUGCAGGACAAGCUGACCGAGGUCACCAAGACCAAGGACUUCCGCAACUGCCGCCAGAGGGCCGAGAAGCUGUUCUCUCUCGUCUCCGCCAAGAAGAUCGAUGAUGAGCGCAAGGAGCGUAAGGAGGACAAGCUUGAGUCCACCUCCGUGACCCGCAUGCUGGUGAUCAGCGACAAGCUGCGCAGCGACAAGUUCCUCAUCCAGGAGUCCGAGAUCCGCUCCCAGCACGUCUUCCAGCCUUACAACAAGGAGGGCGGCGAGGUCGUCACCUUCUCCAAGCAGACCCUGAAGCUGAAGGAGGCUAAGCAGAUCUCCGAGCGCAUGCCGGAGCCCCGUGAGCCCGAGCUGAAGGGCAACCUGAGCUUCGUGUUCCAGAAGGACCAGGACGAGAGCGAGAGGCGCGACUCCCAGGAGGACCGUCGCCAGGAGACCACCCAGGAGAAGAAGGAGAAGAUCGAGCGUCUGUCCAAGGAGAUCUCCAAGGAGAUGAAGCACUCCGUGUCCGAGAAGGCCCCCAGGAAGUUCAUCGAGCUGGUCAAGGAGCUGCGUCAGCUCAACGAGCAGCAGAUGAAGGAGAUCCUCAAGGAGCUCAUCACCAAGCCCAUCAACCAGGGCGAGCAGAGGAAGCAGCGCCUGACCACCGAGAAGGUUGAGGAGAAGAACCAGACCCGCAAGGUCCUGCUGGACGCCGUGUCCCUGGUCGGCAAGUGGGAGGCUCUCCGCGCCGUCCGCGAGCUCAUGGAGCUGAAGAGGAUCUCUGAGAGCGAGACCGAGAUGCUGCUCACCGGCCUGUCCCUGUCCAUCCAGCCCUGCCCCGGAACCACCCGCGAGAUGCUCGAGAUCGCCAAGUCCAGCCGCGCUGAGGAGAGCAAGAAGAUCCGCCGCUCCGCCUGGCUGGCCGUCGGCUCCAUGGUCAACGGCAUGACCUGCAACCAGCAGAAGGAGGGACAGAUGCACAAGAAGUGCCCCCAGACCAAGGAAAAGCUGGAGGAGAUCAAGAGGGAGUUCUCUCGCGAGCUUCUGAAGGGUGUUGAGGAGGAGAAGAGCGAGGAGGAGAAGCUUCUGUUCCUGCGCGCCAUCAAGAACGCCGGUCUGGAGCAGUUCCUGGACCGUCUGCAGGAGAUCAUCUCCGGCAAGGACUCCGAGACCAACACCAAGGAGGUCCGCGUCCAGGCCAUCGACGCCCUGAGCCGCAUCGCCAAGCGCCUGCCGAACAAGGUCCGCCAGAUCGCCCUGCGCGUCUUCCAGAACCCCGAGAAGUCCGAGUCCGAGCGCAUCCGCGCCUACGAGGUCAUGAUGAAGACCAAGCCCACCCUGUCCUUCAUCGAGCUGAUCGCCCAGUCCACCCAGAGGGAGACCUCCAACCAGGUCGGCCAGUACGUGUACACUGACCUGAAGAGCCGCUCCGAGAGCAAGCUGCAGCAGGACAAGAAGAUGAGCAAGAUGUGCAAGAUCGCCCUCCGCCUGGCCAAGCCCUUCAACAAGGGCAUCCAGUACUCCGAGAGCCGCAAGUGGCAGAUGGUCGAUGAGGAGCUCGACAUGGGCGUCUCCCUGGACCUGAAGUCCAUCUCCAACAAGAAGUCCAUCCUGCCUAAGGACGUGCGCGCCCAGCUGCGUCUGAACACUCUCGGCUACGACAUCAAGCUUCUCGAGAUCGCCACCCGCGCCGAGGGUCUGCAGACCAUGAUCGACUCCCUCUUCAACAAGAAGCAGGAGGAGAAGAAGAGCAUCUUCGACUACAUGAUGAAGAAGACCCGCGAGACCAGCGAGGAGUACAGGAGGACCAAGGAGCAGAGGCAGAAGAACGUCGCCGACAUCGAGGUCGAGAAGAUCCAGCGCAGCCUGCCCAUCGAGACCCGCCGUGACGAGGAGCCCCGCCUGACCUACUCCAUGAAGUGGUCCGACAACGAGGUCUCCUUCCAGGAGUGGAACAAGGAGGAGCUGAAGAAGCUGGUCCGUGAGGGCAAGCUGCCCAUGUCCGACCUCGAGGAGCAGCUCCGCAAGGGCCUGAAGCACCAGAUCACCAAGUCCACCUUCCUGUUCGAGGCUUCCCGCCAGAUCCCCACCACCCUGGGUCUGCCCCUGCACCUGAACCUGACCUCCGUCCUGGUCCUGAAGUCCAAGACCGAGGGCAAGCUGGAGGUUCUUCCCAAACUGUUCCGCGAGGACCGCCCCACCGAGCAGAAGGAGGUCCGCCGCAUCGAGUCUGAGCUCAAGAGCAACCAGACCAUCGUCCUGUACACCGUCGGCAAGAUGACCGUGGACUCCCGCGUCCUGAAGUCCGGCGUCGCCAUCAACGUCACCCUGAACACCACCCUGCCCGUCAGCGGCAAGCUGUCCAUGGACCUCGAGAGCCAGAAGUACAAGUGGACCAUGGAGACCCCCAACCAGGAGCGCGAGCUCGUCACCCUGAAGUCCCGCCCCUUCGUCUACACCGAGGAGAAGAAGAUCCGUGAGGACCGCGAGCGCCGUGAGCGCGAGGUCACCCGCCGCCAGGAGUUCCUCAUCAAGGGCAAGAAGAUCCAGAAGCAGCCCACCGAGUACAACCGCACCUUCGGCCGUGAGGAGUUCGGUGUUGAGUUCCGCCUGAACUCCAGCAUGGUCUCCCGCCUGAACAAGGAGAAGCGCGCCCCCUUCCAGCCCCUGACCGGCCCCGUCGAGCUGCGUCUGUCCGUCAAGCCCGGCCAGAACAAGCCCGAGAAGAUCGAGAUUGAGGUUGAGAAGAAGGAGGUCCGCGUGAGCAGCUCUGAGCGUUCUGAGGAGCGCCGUGAGCAGCAGAAGAAGGACCAGCGCUGGGAGAUCAACAUCCUCGCCAAGCACGAGCGCCAGGACCGCGAGAUGAAGAUCAAGAUCCAGGACAGCCAGGAGAAGGUUGAGGAGGACCCCCGCCGCCGCCAGCUGGACUCCCGCGAGCAGAGGAUCCCCAAGAAGUUCCUGCUGCGCUCCAUCCAGGAGGAGGAGCCCUUCGUGUCCGAGGAGACCCGCGAGCUCCUGAAGGAGUCUCAGAAGGAGCAGACCCGCCGCACCAUCGCCGUCCAGAUCGAGCGCAAGCGUCUCCAGAACGAGCGCGAGGACUUCAAGGCCUGCGUCAACAUGGAGUUCGAGUACCCGACCUACGCCGACUACCGCCUGGUCCAGGACCGCAUCCAGAAGGCCAAGAUCGACGCCAAGUGGGGCCGCGACUGCUCCGGCAACGACAAGAAGAUGCAGCUGACCGCCAAGUUCCAGAAGUCCGUCGAGCAGCGCCGCCAGGAGCGCCGUGAGGAGAAGAUGUUCGAGCAGGCCCCCAAGGACAGCCAGGAGUGGAUCCGCAAGGAGACCGAGCAGGACUUCGAGUCCUUCCUCGAGAGCCUAAGCGAUGUCUUCACCUUCGGCGAGCGCAGCGUGAGCAGCCGCUCUUCCCGCGAGCAGGAGAGGAGGGACCAGGAGCAGACCGAGAAGAAGCAGGAGUACUACUCCGAGUCUCACUCCGACAAGAAGAGGGAGAUCCGCGAGAACGUCCUCAGGAAGUGCCUGCAGGAUCGUCGCCAGGGCCGCAAGUUCCCCCAGAGCUGCCUCAAGGCCAUCGAGCAGCGCAGCCAGCUCCGUGAGCUCGAGGUCGAGAUCGAGCACCAGAACCUCCCCACCUGGAUGAAGCAGCUUGUCUCCGACCUGCACAAGCACGUGCAGCACCAGUUCUGGGACCGCGUCUCCGUCAAGGACGUCGAUGUCCGCAACGAGAUCAACAAGCUCCGCCUCCGCCUCACCGUCGACAAGGACUUCAAGGAAAUGAACGUGACCAUCAAGACCCCCCGCGAGGAGGUCAACAUUACCCGCGUCUCCCUGAAGGAGCCCAAGCUCAAGGUCAACCUGCAGAAGGUCCUGAAGACCGAGCUGCCCCUGAAGAUGGACCUGUCCCUGCCCGUCCCCCUGCGCUUCCCCAGCACCAAGUAUUCCCUCAUGCAGGACUACCAGAACAGGCUCCUGAACAAGCAGUACUGGCCUUAUUGCAAGGUCGAGCACGACAAGAUCAAGACCUUCGACGACGUCGAGUACAAGUACGAGCUGAGCAAGUGCGAGCACAUCCUGGCCAAGGACGCCUCCCCCGAGGAGAAGUUCAUGGUCCUCAUCAGCAAGAAGGAGGAGCAGAAGCCCGAGAACAUCCUCAAGGUCUUCCUGGAGGGCAAGAAGAUCGAGCUGCGCACCCGCGAGCAGAGCCGCGAGGAGGAGCGUCGUGAGCGCGAGGAGGAGCACAAGUGGACCAGCGAGGAGGAGAAGGAGCACAAGCACAACCUGAUCGAGAUCACCAUGGACGGUCGCGAGGUCGAGGUCCGCCCCGAGCAGCAGAUCGUCAUCCGCCGCGACCAGAACGACCGCAACAGCGAGAAGCUGUUCACCAUCCAGAGGGUCGGCAAGAUGGUCAAGAUCAUCAGCGAGAAGCUCGGCCUCAAGAUCAAGCACGACAACCACGCCACCUGGGUCAAGGCCUCCAACAACUUCCGCAGCAAGAUGGCCGGUCUGUGCGGCAACUUCGACGGCGAGCAGACCAACGAGUACUCCGGCCCCAGCGAGGAGAUCUACAAGUCCCACAAGAUGUUCGCUCUGUCCUACCAGGUCCCCAGCAAGCAGUGCGAGACCGAGGGCAAGAAGCUGCCCAAGAUGCGUAACGUCAUGAUCUCCCGCACCAACGAGAACGGCAAGGAGGAGACCUGCUUCUCCAAGACCCCCGUCCCACAGUGCCCCGAGGGCUCCAGGAAGACCAAGACCGAGAAGAGCCAGAUGGAGUUCCACUGCCUCUACACCAACCUGGAGAGCACGAAGAAGAUGAUGAAGCUUCACCAGACGAAGCCCCUGGAGAAGAUGAUGUCCAAGAAGACCGACCGUGUCCAGGAGAUCGAGGCCGAGCUGGAGUGCCGCGAGCAGUAAACUCUUACUGACCCGUCCAUCAGCUUACCCACUUCUUCCUAGACAUGAUCGCUCUCUCUUAGUGUAAAAUUGUUAGGACUUUCGACUGUAUAUUUAGGAGAAUUCUAUGCAAAUAAAUAAACGCUGAUAAUUUUUACACAGUAUGUGAAACGUUUUGAUAACGACCAGGGUUUUUUUUUCAUCAUCGGGAAAUGAUGACAUAUUGUACACGGACUGUUGUUAUAACAUGAAUGGUGCUCACCUUUCUCAGUUGUCUGUUUUUUCAGGGUUUUGUCUUUUGUUACAUACAUUUUGAAGCACAUUAAAGAUCAAGUUAUGACGGAAA